AUGAUGAUUUUACAACACUGUGCGGUGUGUGCUGGACUCGCAGAUGCUCCCAAAACUGACAAAUCCGACCCCAGAGCGGCAAUCAUAAAGCUCGUUUUGCUUGCCGUUUUGGCUUUUUCUGCCGGCUGCCACGCCAAAGUGGUACAGCAUAGUCAGACGAAAGCGCAACUGGACAUGGUCAAAGAUGCCUUUUGGGACUACAUCGCUAAGGCGUCAUCCACGGCAGAGGACUCACUGGCGCUGAUUAAACGGUCGGAUUUCGGAAAGGAAAUCAACACUUUGAUCGCCAGCGGCGGCGACGCCAUCACUAGAUUGACGGACGUCCUGGGCUCUCACGUCAACACGUCGGGCUUCUCAGAACGAAGCCGGCUCCUGAAAAGCCGUCUGGAGAAGGAUCUGGAAUCCGCCGUGACACACUUGCGACCUUACGCUGACGAAUUUGCCGCUCAUUUCCUCCAACAGCUGGAGGAACUGAAAAAAGAAGUGUCCUCUUACGCCAAAAGCGCCCACUCGGGAGCGCUUGAGUCGGUCCUGCUCGGAAAAAGCCGAGAAUUUAAGAGUCGACUGGACGACCUGGGGAGCCAAAUGGUUCCUUACGCCGAGGAGCUCGCGCGCAAGCUGGAGCGUGGCUUUGAAGAGUUCCAGGAGAAGGCCGCUCCUCUGGCGAGGAGCUUUCACAACCAGUUUACGGAGAAGGCCCGGGAAAUCCGAGAGAAGCUGGGCCCGUACGGGGAGGAGCUUCGGGCUAAGUUGGAGCGACUGGCAGCUCUCUGGGAGUCCUUCACAAAUACCACAAAGCAGUAA